AUGUCCGAGGACAAGAAGGAGAAGAAGAAGUCCGGCCGCACACCCGAGCAGCAGGCUGCCCGUGACGCGCGCAAGGCCGCCAAGAAGGCCGCUCUCGCCGCCGCCGCCGCCGAGGCGACCACCUCCACCGAGGAGGGUUCGACGACGACGCCGAAGAAGCGCCGCGCCUCGACUGACGGAACCAAGCUCGAGAUCGACCUGUCUGCCUCAGCGCCGCUGUCCAAGGCCGAGGCGCGUGCGGCCCGCAAGCGCGCCAAGCGGGGCGAGGAGCCCCUGCCGCCCAAGCAGACCGAGGACGGGAGCGAGAAGCCCCUCAAGGCAGCGAGCAAGAAGAAGGAGCCCAAGCCGAAGCAGGAGAAGGGCCAGUUCAGCGUGUGGAUCGGCAACCUCUCGUUCCGCACGAGCGAGCAGGCUCUGCGCGAGUUCAUCGAGACGGGCAUCACGGAGCUCGGCGGCGAGGCGGGAUGCGUGACCCGGUUGAACCUCCCGAAGAAGGCGGGUCAUGGACAGUUUGCGGAGAACAAGGGAUUCGCGUAUUGCGACUUUACAAACGAGGCGAUGAUGCUCCUCGCGCUAGGCCUUUCGGAGCGGCCGCUCGAGGGCCGCCGCCUGCUCAUCAAGCGCGGCGACGACCACCGCGCCAACCCCGACGCGAGGACGCCCAAGACUCUCCCCUCUGGACCGGGAACGGCGCCGAGCAUCCUCCAGCGGCAGAAGAACCCGGAGAGCGCGACGCUCUUUGUCGGCAACCUCCCCUUCGACGUUACGGAGGAAGAGCUCCGCGAUCUCCGUUCCGGCCUCAUCAAGACGCGCGUCGCCCAGUUCGAGGAUACGGGGCGCUGCAAGGGGUUCGCCUUCUGGGACUUCAAGUCGAGUGCGCACGCCAAGGCCGCGCUCAUGAACAGGCGGAACCACUUCCUGCGCGGCCAGAAGCUGAAUGUGCAGUUUGCGUCUGAGAGCGCCACCUCGCGCGCGGGACGGGGGAAGAAGGCCGCCGCGGGCGGAGGUGGGAAGAAGGUGCGGCCCGGGAAGCAGGAGCGCGAUAGGCAGAAGGGGAGGUACUUCAACGCGGAAGGUGCUGGGGAGGCAGCUGGGGAAAGCACGGCGGAGAAGAAGGGAGACGUCCGAGGGAAGAAGUGGGAGGCAUCGGGACGGCCCCGGCCUGGUGCUGCGCUCGCCAUGGCGCAGCGCGAGAAGGUUGGCAUUGUCGAGAGCCAGGGCAACAAGAUCACCUUCGAUUAG